UGCAAGGCAGCUCCCGUUGACGAUGGAAGCGGCAUCUUCCCCCUCUUCGAGCGACUCCUCCGCGAGGAGUUGGACGGCAAGGAAGGCAGUGCGAUUGACAUGACGCAGCUUCCGCCAGUGAACUUCGACCUUCUUCCCAGCAAGGUUACAAGUAUGCCUGAGGCCCUCGCAGCUCUGAAAAUCGCCGACCAGCUUCUGGCGCAGCUGGACAACCUCAGUUCGAGCCUUCGCUUCGCGCACUUCCUGAAGAUUGCCUUGGUCCAGCACACCUUCACGCGUUUGCUGCCUGUACCUUUGGGUCCGGUGUCCCUGGCACGGGUGGGCACGAAGGAUGAUGUUUGGGGCACGGCCGCGACACCCGAGCAGCAGGUUGACACGGCUCUCGUGGUCAAGCGCAUUGCGCAGCAUUUUUCCAUGAGCUGUGGUGCGACCUUCGGACAUCGCGGCUUCGAUGGUACCCGGGUUAUCAUCCUCGGAGCCAUGGUCACUUUGCUGGACCGAUUGCUGCGGCAACCAGGCAGCUCCACGCCAAGCAAGGCAAUGAUGGGACGCCUGGAUGAUGAGAAGGAGCAAGAAACUCGGUUUUUGGUCUCUUGGGAAGUCUUCGCCAAGCAGUCGGAGACUUUCCUGCUCUUCUCUCCGGACCUCAAUGUCACCCGCGCGCGAAGCCUGGCCUACUUCCAGGAAGUGGAGCAGGAGGCCCAAGAGCAAGGAGCCAAGAUGAAGCACCUCUUCCAGUGGGAGAAGGAUGGCUGGGUCAUGGAGUUCCCAGACCAGGGGGCCGAGGCCUUGGCCGGGAAGAUGGCAAAGAGUCUCUACCGCAGGCGGAUCACCCUCAUCGACAGCUACUUGGACAGCUACUUUCCGGAGUUUGCAGCUUAUCGAGAUGUCUGCAUGUGGUGGAAGUACUAUCUCUGCACGGAUCCGGUGGUCUUCCGCUUCCAGCCGCUGGAAUUCUCGGAUGGUCACCUGCAGUGGGUCAUCGACGUGCACCCGCGAUGGCAGCCACCUAGCCGCAGCAAGUGCCUUGCGAAUCGCUGUGGUCUGGGCCAGGCAGACAGUGAGCUUCUGCUGUCUUACCUGACGGUGCCGAGCCCGACCGAGUUCAUGCCCUUUCGCAGCAAAGGCUACGAGAUCUGCUCCAGGUUGGCACGGUCGCCGGAAGCUACCGUGGAUGCAGUCAUCGAGCUCUUGGAUCAGGCGUUAAAGCUGGACACCCAGGCGGGGUGGGGCGACUUGAGGGCGGCCUGUGUUCUCGGAACGGACCCUGCGACAGCUGCAGGACGCCUGGCCGAGGCUGCGCAGCUCCCUGCAAUCUGUGGCCGGGAGUCCCGAGGCACAUGCAAGAUUCAAACUGCUGGUAAGGUUAACGACCGCAGCGCCCUGACCAUCCUUGGCCGAUGGCUUGACUCAGUGAGGACAGACUUUGGUCAACAGUUCGCGGAGGAGCAGACGCCAGACAUCCUCGUGUCCGGUGCCGGCGAGGAUGCUGGCAACAGUUGUUGCGUCUACGAGGCGUCGGGCCACCACAGCAGCCUUCCGAAAAUAUGGAAGGCCAUCCGGGGCAAGGCACCCUUGCCCAAGGUGGAGUCUGUGGUGGACAGAGAGACCCAUUUGGCCUGCCAACUUCAUGGCCACCGGGUGCUUCUCCUCCGCAACCUCCGGGCGGAGGAGCUGACGAUGGACCUCGUGGAGAGGCUACUCUGCUCCUUUGUCUUCCUCACAUCGCGCCACACGUGGAACGAGGACACUCUUGGAAUGCCGGAACCGGAGUUGUUCGAGGUGAUCUUCGCCAAGCGCUUGGAGCUCAUCGGGUGGUUGGAAGAGGCACCCUACGCAGAUGCUUGCCGGGUCCUGGACGCGGUCUUGAAGACCGCCACCGGUAUCGAGAAGGGACCUCCCGGAUGGGCUAUUUGGCCAGAGGCGGCGAACAGGGGGAGGUACAUGGCCUUGGGCCAUCCGCAGGCCUCAACGGAUGGCCGUCUACCAAUGGCGGGCUCCUUCGGUGACACGGUUCCGGCUGCUGAGGUGAAUCUGCAGAGCUUGGCCUUCCGCGUGGAGGGCCAGCAGAUGCAGGCCUUAGACGAGCGCGCGGCGCAGGAUCCCGAUGUGCUCCACGUCUUCGGUUCGUCUGCCAAGACGAUGCAAUGCGUGUCGCUGGGCGACUUCGAGCACCGCCAGGAUCGCAAGGUCGUUGGAACCGAUUAUGUCAUCAGCAUGUGGGACAAGGAGACAGGUGGCCUUCCGGAGAUCGGCCUUUGCGACCGGCUCUACGAUCCAGACGACCUGGCGACGGAAGAGCAAUGGAUCGCCGACUUCUUUGAGCCCAUCCGCAAGAAGUACUUCGUCAAGCUGGGGUUUCCGCCAGCUGAUGUCCAGUUCUACCUCCCGGAGAACACCGUCCCCGAAGACUCCCACGUCGUCAUCCUCGCCGGUGGCCACCCCAAGAAAUCGUCCACGAUCUGGAAGGAAGUUGUGAUCUACAAGGAUUUCGGCUGCUGCCACGUCUUUGCGAUCGAAGCCUGCGGUCGGCGGAAGUAUCGUGUGCUCGAAAUGUCGACGGAUGCUCGCUUCUGCCACUGGGAGAUGCAGCCGGAGUCCAGCAUGGUGAACUAUGGGGACCAGAUGCAGGUGGACAAACGCCCACGGGAUCCCUGGCCAGCGUCUUUACGGCAAGACCUUGGGUCCUGA